ACCAUGUACAAUUUACAUAAUCCAAAAAAUGGUUAAAAUGGGAAAAAAAUAAUAAUGAUAAUAAUAAAAUUUGGGACGUGAUCGGUGAUUGGUGAUCGGGUGCGGCGAUUUUUCGCCGGAGGGAAGAUGAAGAGUGAAGACUCUUCGGCUGCUUCUUUUGCUACCUACUCCGAUAAAUUACGAAAUAGCCAUAAUUAUCUUCGUAAGUAUGAAAAUGCCCCCCUCAACUACCCUUGUCUUCUAAACAAUAUUCUUCUCGCCCAUCUCCCGCGGCCCGCGGUCGUCUACUCGUCUUCUACCUCUCAUCGCCAUGGCUUCGUCUACUGAAACACAUGUUCAGAAUGCAAGUCCUAGUGGUGGUGGUGAUAAAGCGGACCUUUAUCAGUUGAUUCAAGCUCAUCAGGAAAAGGCUGCUAGGCUGCCUCCUAUUGAGGAAGUUAGGACAGUUCUCGAGUACAGCCUGCGCGGCGUGCUCUCUACUUUCUCUCAGAAACAUGAAGGCUAUCCAUCAGGUUCCAUGGUUGAUUUUGCUUGUGAUGCCUAUGGAUCUCCUAUAUUAGCAAUCAGCAGCUUGGCAGUUCAUACGAAGGACCUCUUAGCUAAUCCCAAAUGCUCACUACUUGUUGCAAAAGAUCCUGAGGAUAGGACUGACUUAGUCAUAAUUGUGUAUGGUGAUGCAGUUCCUGUUGCUGAAACAGAUAAAGAUGCAGUUCAUGCAGCAUACUUGGCAAGGCAUCCUGAUGCAUUUUGGGUUGACUUUGGAGAUUUCCAGUUCCUGCGCAUUGAACCCAAGGUUAUAAAAUAUCUACCAGGUGUUGCGACAGGUUUAUUGGGAUCAGAGUUCAGCGAGGAGGAUUUUAGAUCAGCGAAAAUAGAUCCAAUGUACCAGUUUUCUAAGCCAAUUUCGUCCCACAUGAAUAUAGAUCAUGCAGAAGACACAAAGCUAAUUGUACAGCACUCAACAUCUGUCACAGUUGAGUUUGCACAGAUGCUGGAUGUUGACAGUCUUGGUUUCAAUGUUAAGGCUGGGUACCAAGGAAGCACUUUCAAGCUCCGAGUCCCUUUUCCUAGACGUGCUGUAGAAAGAAAGGAUGUAAAGACACUCAUAAUUCAAAUGCUUCAGGCUGCGAAGACACAUAACUGAUUUAUUAUCAAUUAGGUUUGAACUAUUGGGUUCCCAUUGUUGCUUCUUCAAGUUGUUGCGUGUUGUAUUACUCUGCCUAGUGGGCUUUAGAGCCGAAAUAUACACUUGGUCGAAUGGUAGCGCAAUUGUGUGGACCAUGGUCUAUGGAAUAAUAAUUGAUUGGGUUA